GUGGCGGCGUGGCUCGGGCCAUGGCGGCAGCAGCAGCAGCAGCAGCGCGGUGUUUGCGGGGCGCCCGGAGCCUCCUGCCCGCGGGCGUACGGAGGGAGAGCUGCGAGCUGGCCCGGCUGGCGGGGCCCGUGUUUGUUGCCCAGUUGCUGGGGUUCCUGAUCAGCGUGGUCAGCUCCAUCUUCUGUGGCCAUCUGGGGAAAGCAGAGCUGGCCGCUGUGACGCUGGCUGUGUCAGUUAUCAACGUGACAGGCAUUUCCAUCGGUUCUGGUUUAGCCUCAGCAUGUGACACACUGAUGUCCCAGACAUAUGGUGGCAAGAACCUGAAGCAGGUGGGCACCAUCCUGCAGAGGGGUAUCCUCAUCCUGCUGCUGUGCUGCUUCCCUUGCUGGGCGCUCUUCAUCAACACCGAGCAGAUCCUCCUGCUCCUCCGACAGGACCCUGAGGUCUCCAGGUUAACUCAGGUCUACGUGAUGAUCUUUAUUCCAGCACUUCCUGCGGCGUUUCUGUACCAGCUGCAGACAAGAUAUUUACUAAGUCAGGCCAUCAUUUUGCCUCAGGUGCUGACAGGGAUUGCAGCCAACCUCCUCAAUGUGGCCAUAAAUGCCUUCUUCCUGUAUGCACUGAACCUGGGCUUGGUGGGCUCUGCCUGGGCUAACACUGUUUCUCAGUACUCCCAGGCCAUUCUCCUCUUCCUUUACGUGUGGUGGAAGAAGAUUUAUGUGGAGACCUGGGGAGGUUGGUCCAAGGACUGUCUCCUGGACUGGGGUUCCUUUACCUGGCUGGCGGUGCCCAGCAUGCUCAUGAUGUGUAUUGAAUGGUGGACCUUUGAGAUUGGAAGCUUCUUGGCAGGUCUGCUCAGUGUGGUGGAGCUGGGUGCACAGUCUGUCAUCUAUGUGCUCUCCUCUGCAGCGUACAUGGUGCCUCUGGGGUUCAGCGUGGCUGCGAGCGUCAGAGUGGGCAAUGCCUUGGGAUCAGGGGAUGCGAUGCAAGCCAAGACCUCAUGCGUCACUGCCCUGCUGUGCACAGAAGUUUUUGCUGUGGUGGUUGCAACAUUGCUGGGAACCCUGAAGGAUGUGGUGGGAUACAUCUUCACCAAUGACAAGGAGAUCGUUAUCUUGGUGUCCAAAGUGAUGAUCAUCUUUGCUCCGUUCCACUUGUUUGAUGCAGCAGCAGCAACGUGUGGCGGCGUGCUGCGGGGCACAGGGAAGCAGAAGCUGGGUGCUAUUGCCAACGCUGUCGGCUAUUACACUAUAGGCCUGCCCAUCGGCAUCUCCCUGAUGUUUGCAGCUAAGAUGGGGGUGUUAGGUCUGUGGGUGGGAAUGAUCAUCUGCAUCUCUUUGCAAGCCCUUUCCUUCUCCAUUUUUGUCAUGCGCAUGGAUUGGAAGAAAGCUGCAGAAGAGGCUCAAGUCCGAGCUGGACUGAAAAAACAACUGGAAGAUGUGAACUCCAAUGGCACAGCUGCUAACAAAACAUCUGCUGUGGACCACAUCUCCACUGACACGGAUGACAUGGACACUGUGGUCCUGCCUGAGAGCAUCACUGAAGGCGAGAGCCAGCCUGAGCACCAGCUCACCACGCAGGAGGAGCCUGCUGCUGUCCCUGCUUCUCCCGAGGUGGUGUGGAGGACUCUGAUCAUCCACUGCAUGCUGGCUGCUGCCACUGCUGUCGCUGUCCUGCUGGUGGGCAUCCUGGUCCGGCUCCUGACCAGCAAUGGAUAGAACCAGGGACACUGGGGAGCUGUACACAGAGCAGGAGGGCAUGUGGUGAUGUCCCAGGAGAAUGGUGCAGGGGGAGGAAUUCCUUGUAAAGAGUCACAUUGCUCAGUUUCUGGUUAACUCACAAUGUUUUAUCCCACGUGCAGAGUUCUUUUAAAGGGGGUGAGGAUGCAGCACCUGGGAAGAAAGUGCUUGAGAGCUGGUUCCUCUCCUGCACUGCACUGCAUUAGGGUGUCACUUGUGAUAGGCAGGAAUGUAUCCUGGGGCUGGCUGGGGAAGGAGACAGGGACCUUGUGCUGCUAUCCUGUUUUCUGCUCCCUGGAGCCAUUUGUCCAUGUCCCUUGCUAGUGGCAGAGGCUCUUGCUGCCUAUAGCAGGUUUCCUCGUGCACCAGUUUGUGCCAGUAUCUUGGCAUGGCAGAGCCCACUUGUUGAAGCAGCACAGGGAAAGGCCCAUACUGUUGGAACGUGGUUCACUGCUCUGACUGCUGCUGGGACGUUGGGUGCUGGCUGCUGGCCCUGCUCUCCCUGCUGUGUGGCAGGCACAGGGCCUAAAGCAACUCCUCUUUGCACUUUUGUAAUGUGGGCUUUUGAUACAGUAAAGUUUUCUGAGUAAA